AUGCGCCUGUAUCCGUCGGCCGUUUUCUUUACUUGUUUCUUCAAAGGAGUUGCGGCCGGCUCGGGCGCCUCGACAACCUUAUGGUAUUCGUCCCCGGCGACCGACUUCAACGCUGCCUUGCCCAUAGGUAAUGGCCGCCUGGGGGCAAUGAUUUACGGAAAAACUGGCAACGAAACCAUUAGCUUGAAUGAAGAUUCGAUCUGGAGCGGAGGAUUUACCAAUCGAGUCAACACGAAAGCUGUGGCCGCUGCUCCAGAUGUUACGGAGUAUAUGCUUGAUGGCAACAUAACCAAAGCAAAUAGUGCUUGGGUUUCCGGCAUGGCAACGUCACUGAGAGAGAGCAUCUACCAACCCAUGUGCUCCUUAGCUCUGGCUUUCGGACAUGAUGGCGCUACCUCAUACAACAGAAGCCUUGAUCUUCAUGCUGGAGUAGCUACGGUCAGUUACAUGCUUGACGGCACAAAGUAUACACGCGAAGCUAUCGCCUCUUUCCCCCACGGCAUCCUGGCCUUUCAUUUUUCGGCCUCAACGCCUAGUUCGAUCAAUUUCAACAUCAGUCUGACCCGAACACAAAACGUCACUUCCGUCUCCGUGAAAUCCAACGAUUCGGUGGUUCUGAGUGGGACUGGAUCUACGGACGAUACUAUUAGUUUCAUCUCGGAAGCGAGAGUGAUGACAGAAGGAGGGACUGUGACCGCAAAUGGCGAAGAUUCCCUCAUCGUCAAAAACGCCGACGUGGUCUAUAUCUACGUGGAUGGUGAGACUAGCUGGCGAUACCCUUCUGAAGUCACACGCGAAGCUGUGCUCCAGCGAAAACUCAAUCGUGCUGUCUCUCUUGGAUGGAAUAAAAUCAGCGGAAAAGCCAUGCAAGAUUACGGAGGCCUAGCCCACAGAACGUCUCUCGACCUUGGAGACUCCGGUACAGCUGGGGCCCUAGCCACAGACCAACGACUGGACAACUGGAGGGCCGGUGCUAAUUUUACCACCGACCCUGAGCUUAUCACCCUGAUGUUCAACUAUGGCCGUUACUUAUUGAUCAGCUCAUCCCGGAACGGAUCGCUUCCCGCCAACCUUCAAGGGAUUUGGAACGAAGACUUUGCACCCGAAUGGGACUCGAAAUUCACCCUCAACAUUAACUUGGAGAUGAACUACUGGGCAUCGGAAACCACAAAUUUACCAGAAACUACCUUACCGCUCUUCGAACACAUUUCACGUAUGCAACUCAGAGGGCAGGAAGUGGCGAGACAGAUGUACAAUAUGUCUGGCUGGGUAUGCCAUCACAACACUGAUAUCUGGGGUGAUUGUGCCCCCUUGGACUCUCAGACAUACUAUGCUGCAUGGCCAAUGAGUCCAGCUUGGUUGAUGCUUCAUCUGUUUGAGCAUUAUAGAUUUGGCCGGAAUGCGGAAUUUGCCACUGAAAGAGCACUCCCAAUUGUGGAAGGGGCGCUCGAGUUCUAUUAUGACUUUCUAGAAGAAAGAGCAGGCCAAUAUGUCACCCCUUACGGUGUAUCACCCGAAAACCAGUACUACAUUCCACCCGGGAAAGCCAAUGCCAAGGGAAAGUCUGGUCUCGAUGUCGCUCCAGCAAUGGAUCGCCAACUUCUUCACGAGCUUCUGUCUGGCUACCUUGAGCUGAAGAGCGCAAGCAAACGAACCGGUGGAGUUGCUAAAGCUCAAAAAUACUUGUCCAUGAUCGAAGGUCCCAUCAUUGGGUCCCUUGGUCAACUCCUGGAAUGGUCGGGAGAAUUUAACGAGACGGAGGUGGGCCAUCGACAUCUUUCACACCUGGUUGGACUCUUCCCUGGUGGUCAAAUCCACCCACUGAUCAACAAGACAAUUUCCAACGCAUCCGCAGUCUCGCUUCAACGUCGUAUGGACAACGGAAGCGGCCAAACGGGAUGGUCUGCAGCUUGGGCUAUUGCACUCUAUGCGAGAUUGUUCGAUGGGGAUAAUGCGCUAUACCGCGCAGGAAAACUCAUAGACAAUUCCGUUUUUGACAAUUUGCUGGGAAAGACCAGCAUUUUUCAAAUAGAUGCGAACCUCGGUUUUCCCGGAGCUAUCGCAGAGUUGUUGCUUCAGAGCCACACCAGCUUCGUCCAUAUCGGUCCUUCCUUGCCAAAGACUCUAGUCCCGAACGGCAGUGUUAUCGGCUUGAGAGCACGAGGUGGUUACGUGGUGAGCAUGACCUGGAAGGAACACAGAAUUACGAAGGCAAGCAUAUUGUCCACGCUUGAAGGGUCGCUUUCGUUGAAGGUGGAGGAUGAAAGGAAGUUCCUUGUUGAUGGUCAUAAGUAUACUGGGCCCAUAAUCACCAAGGCUGGGAGGAAAUACAGCAUUACGCUGAGUUAA